CGAACUGUCAGAUGUUGUUGUUGUGGUUCAGUUUGGUGUGCGUUCGUUUUGGCCUGCGAGGAAAGUGAAAUAAUUUUAAAAGUAAAAUCAACAAGCUUCGUUGGACAAUUUAUAAAUAUUUAUGGUAUAGGGGUAGGGCGCAUCUAACAGAGAAAUUGGUAGCAGAAGUGAUCAGUUUUCAUUUUGGUGUGGCUCUGUCGACAGUUAGUUUUGGUGAUCUCGGCAAUGUACUUAAUCCUCGCAGCUAUAUCAUUUUUAUCAUACCUACUAUGGAACGCCGUGAGUCGCCGUGGAAAACCACCCGGCCCGAUGGGGCUUCCCAUAGUGGGAUAUUUGCCAUUCAUCAGCUCCACCAAACCGUACGUAACGCUCACCAAUCUCGGCCAAAUGUACGGCCCCAUCUUUAGUCUUCAGAUGGGACAGGUAGACGCGGUCGUCCUAACCUCUCCGGACCUCAUUAGGGACACCCUAAAACGCGAGGAAACAACCGGACGUGCACCACUGUUCAUCACCCACGGAAUAAUGGGAGGACACGGAAUCAUCUGCGCAGAAGGCAAUCUAUGGCGAGAUCAACGGCGUCUCUCAACCGAAUGGCUGCGCAAGAUGGGCAUGACGAAAUUUGGCCCAACGCGCUCAACGCUCGAAGCCCGCAUCUUGGCCGGUGUGAAUGAACUUUUACAGGAUUUGAAAAGGGAAUCGGAGAAAGUGUUUGCCUUUGAUCCUGCACCGUUGGUGCAUCACAUUCUAGGAAAUCUGAUGAAUGACAUCGUGUUCGGACUGAAGUACGAACGGGACGAUGCAACGUGGCAGUAUCUGCAGCACCUCCAGGAGGAAGGCGUCAAGCAUAUCGGAGUUUCGAUGGCGGUUAAUUUUCUACCGUUCCUGAGACAUCUGCCUGCAAGCAAAAGGAUAAUUGAAUUUUUAUUAAAUGGCAAAGCAAAAACCCAUAAAAUUUACGACUCGAUCAUCGAAAAGCAGCGCAACCGCCUGGUUGGCAAAGAUGCCGGCGACGACGACGAGGUCACCGACCUCCAGCCCGAUUGCAUCCUGUCGAAUUUCCUGCGGGAAACCCGUCGAAGGGAAUCGGACGGCCGCCCGGAGCUGGCAUUCUGCAGCGACGUCCAGCUUCGACAUCUGCUGGCGGAUUUAUUCGGGGCAGGUGUGGACACCACGUUCACCACUCUCCGUUGGCUGAUGCUGUUUCUGGCCUUGGACAAAGACGUGCAGGGCCGGCUGCGGCAGGAGAUGGCUAGCCGGCUGCAGGGGGAACCGUGCCUGAAUGAUAUGGACUCGUUGCCAUACUUGAAGGCGUGCGUGGCCGAAGCCCAGCGCUUGAGAACGGUCGUUCCACUUGGGAUUCCACAUGGAGCAGUUUCGGAUAUCACCAUCGGCGGCUACAAAGUUCCCAAAAACAGCAUGAUCAUCCCCCUGCUGUGGUCAGUCCACAUGGACCCCAAGCUGUGGCCCGACCCUGAACGCUUCAACCCGGACCGUUUCUUGGACGACGCAGGCCAGUACACCGCCCCUGCCCAUUUCAUGCCGUUCCAAACCGGAAAGCGGAUGUGCCUCGGAGACGAACUGGCCCGCAUGAUUCUGCUGCUCUACACGGCUCGCCUGUUCUGGCACUUCGAGCUGGCCGCUUACAAUCCGGAAGCGCUGGAUCUGACAGGAGUUUGCGGAAUAACCCUCACUCCACCGCAGUUUGAGAUUAUCUUCAAGGAAUGUUCACUGAAGUAGAAAUAAAACCACAACUGACGUGUCUGAUUUCA